AGUAUUCUAUGACCGUGGGCGCAUGCAUGCACUUUUUAACUUUGUUGAUGCUAUAAGUUUUCAAAAGAUUUGCUCUCAAAAUGACGUCAUCAGACUUUGAAGCGAAAAUAAUUUUGUACAAUUUUUUUUUGCGGUUUUUGCAAAAAAUAUGCAAAUAUGAUGCGUGUUCAGCAGUGUUAUUCAAGUCAACCAUAAACAGCAACAUAAAGUAGCAACAUACAACAUAACAGCAACAUAAAUGGAUAAAUAUUUUAAACAUUUUCCAAUCGCUGACACCCUACAUAAUGACCAACAUGACAGCUUAGAAAAAAAUGACGUCAUUGAUACAAAAUUGUCAAUAAUUUCGUAAUGAAGGUUUGACAAAUAUUACGCAUUGUUGACCUUUGUUGUCUUCGCGCUUGCUUCGCGCGCCGUGUGGGCGUCGCAGCGGUCGGCGGUCGGCGGUACCCUUCAUUUUUAAAAAUUAUUCAAUAAAAUGGCCCCAAAGAAGCGUGAAAGAGAGGAUGAGAACUCACGAACGUCUACUGACCUGGUAAAACAAGAUCAUGAUCACGAAAUGUUCUUACAAGCCUUUGAAAAACCAACUCAGAUCUACAGGUACCUGAGAGCAAGGAGCCUCGUCUCACCUCUGUUUCUGCACCGCAAUCUGCUGUAUAUGCGGCGCGCCUCAGCCAGAAGGGUCAAGCCAAAGGUGACCCGAGUCAAUGCUCUUCUGGCCAUGGCUGAGAAAAAGCAGAGCGACCUGACAAACUGCACCCCAGGACAGUACCUGACCAUUUCUCACAUCGGAUACUACGUCAGCAAAGACGACUCACCUCCUUCAUCAGUCCGAGUGGAGGUCUCCCUGAAGAAGCUCUGUCACAAACGACGGAAGGAGGGCGCCGCUCCCGCCGUCACGACCUCGUUCGGCUGGACGGAGGUAGUGGUGAACCCCAGCGACGCCUCAGCGCCUCCCACAGUACCCACAUCGUGUGUGCCGGCUGAAAGUUUCUCCACACAGAACGGUAGCGGACCAAAGACCUUUGUGCUGGUGGUGCGAGUCUCUCCCCAGCAGGGCAAUCGAGAAAACGAAGAGCCCAACAACAAGCGCCGCAAGGUGUCCCGCUCGUCAUCAGCGGCCAGCUCGGAACCCCUGCGGGCGGAGCUGCCUGUCACGGACCGCGCCGGCCGCUGUUUACUCACCGAUGGGGAGUACGACGUGCUCCUAACCGCCGAGCCGGCCAGCCAGCCGUCCGCCGCCGCCUCUGCCACCCCGGGCCGGCCCGGAGCCAACAGUCCGCGCAAAACCAGCUGGGAGAGCUUCGACGAUGGAAAGCCGGUACCAGUGCCCCUGGAUGCAUUCAGCACGGCACCCACCCUCAAACUGCGCCUGGCCUGGACCAACCAGCCUCCACAGCCGACUGUGGAGCGUCCGCGACCGCUGCAGCCGCGCGACACGAACCAGCCGGCGUCGGCCGUGGCCAAACGCUGCGGCCGCGGCACCGUGAAAAAGGAGGAGUCGAGCAGUAGCGCCAACAGCCGCGAGAGCUGGUCGGUGGACAAGGAUCGCCCUCCGGCCGGCGCCGGCUCCCCGCCCACCCCUCCGCUCAUCCUCUACCAGUUCAUCUAUGGGCCGGCGGCGCGCCAGCAGACAGAGGCGCGUCAGGACCUGCUCUGUCCCUGGUGCUGCCUGGACUGCGGCAAGCUGUAUCCGCUGCUCAAACACCUCCAGCUGUGCCACGCACGGUUCACCUUCUGCUAUACGCCGUUCGCCCGGGGGGCCCGGAUCGACGUAUCUCUGAACGAGUCAUACGACAGCUCGUACGCCGGGAACCCUCUGGACCUGACGCGUCCACCGGGCGCCCGCUGCGGCCCCGGGAGGCGCACACCCUCCACUUCAGUGCUGGUGUGCCGUCCCAGGAGGCAGAAACCCAGUCUGGCGGAGUUCCAGCAGACGGAGACUGAGGAGCGGAUGCGUCCAUUCGUGACGGGUCACAACCGGAUGUACCACCGGACGGCCACCAACCUGGCCAUCCCGCCUGCCGAGCUGGGCUACGACUCAGAGGGCGAGCACGACCACCCGUGGCUGCGCACCAAGACUCGUCGCAUGAUCUACGAGUUCAGCGACGUGAACGAGGGCGAGAAGGCUCUCAUGGUCAUGUGGAACCUGCACGUCAUGAAGUACAAUUUCGUGGGCGACCUGCAGAUGCCGCAGGCGCUAGCCAUGUUCAUCGAACAGCACGGAGCCACCAUCGUCAACCGCAACCUCUACCGCAACUUCGUGCUCCACCUGGCGUCGCUGUACGACUUCGGCGUCAUAUCGCCGGGACACAUUCACAGGGCGAUCCAGCAGUUUCAGGAGCUGGUUGAGGGCGACGGAGACCUGACAUCCACGCUGGUCAACAACUUACUGGGCGCCGCCUCCUGACCUGCGACCCCACCCCGACCUCCUGUGACCUCGCCCAGACCUCCUCUGACCUCACCCCAGUCUUCGUUAGACCACAGCAGGACGUCCUCACCCGACCUGAGUGACGUGACCUCUUUUCCGGGCGUCCCACUUAAGUCGAUGUAGCACUAAUGUGUUGCGCUGGAUGACCCAGCGACAAACCGAUUUUCGUUCCGUCGGGCGCUUGUAGCCAACGUGGCUGGAUGACAGGUAUCGUCGAAGGCAAAAAUCCGGCGAUAGGUCGAGAGUGAAGCCCUCCAGUCGUUACCGACGCUGGGUGGCCCUGUCCGUUUGUGUGUAGCGAAAUGGCCCCGUUUUACCUCUAUCCCAAGACUCGACCGCGGCAGUCUUGGCUGUAUGUGUAUGUGUGCGUGUGCCGGUUGCGAUGUUUCACCGCUAAUCGCGUACCCUUCGCAGUCUCUGGAUGUGAUACGAUAGCGUGCGUGUGUAUGUGUGCGUGUUCGCGUUCGUUUUCGAGCGAACGCUGGUAUUUUAUCUUAGCGAAUGAAAGGUAGGCGUGAUGUAGCCCGUUCCUCCGCGCGCGCACCCAGACACCCUUAUCGGGUACUCAUCAAGAACCAAUCAAACGAUGCGAUGUUUUGUCGGCGGACUGAACGUGUGGAGGUUAUGUCUCCUGGAACUAGAGACUCCGGGAAUGGGCGGUGGAAAGACCUCGAACUUCAGUCUCCAUAUCACGACGGUAGAUGGUGCGCCGGUCGCUCCGAUCCGCAGAGCCUGUGUGAGAACUGUAGCGCGGCAGAGAUAACUGUUCGGUGUGCUGUCUCGUGGUUGGUUUGAUAAACCGACCGCGUCCGGGAUGUUCGCGAAUCGCGACUCGGAGGCUUAUCGUACCCAUAUGGCGAUACGAUAACAGCAGCGCCUUUAGGGCACACUUGAAGGUGGCUCUGGUAAAACCUCUGCUCCGAUACGUCGCCAUCGAUAGCAGUGAGGCCGGCAGAGAGCAGAACGUAUGUUCGCCUAGUUGUCAUGCUCGUGGUGUCCUGCUCACUUCAAUAUUUCAACAAACUGGCAUUACCAUUGUCACCGCGUUUCGCUCGCAUGUGUCAAAUGAUCGGUAGAAAUACACGACACGAGUCCAUCAGUGCAAAAAAUGGUGAGUGCAUCUUACUUGAAA